AUGGGAAUUUGUAUGAGUAACUAGAAAUAAAGGAAAGAAAAUAAAUUAAAAGAAGGUGAACUUGGGUCAAUUGUAAACUAAAUGAGAACUUCUCCAUGUCCGGAAGAAAUAUUGAAAAAGAGAAUUUCUGUAGAUACUCCAUUUAAUGCAUACAGAAAUCCAAUUUUAAAUCGUAGAUUAAAAGGGAGUCAAACUUUAACUAGUGGUUAGUGA